AUGGACGGCCAGAGCCCAGGAGGGAAGCAGGCAGACGCUAAUAAGACGGUAGCCACCACAUCAGCAGCCGUCGCCAUGGCAACAGUCAGCUCCAGCGGCACCACGUGCACCCAAGCGCCCUCUACUUCCCUCAGCAUCAUUCCACCAGAUAGACAGGCAGUCCAGGUAAUCCAGCACGCCAUCCACAGACCUCAGAGCAUGGCAGCCCAGUAUCUGCAUCAGAUGUAUGCAGCCCAGCAGCAGCACCUCAUGCUGCAGACAGCAGCCCUGCAGCAGCACCAGCAUCCCUCCCAUCUGCAAAGUCUGGCCACCAUACAGCAGGCUUCAGUUUGUCAGAGACAGUCGCCUUCUUCAUCCAGUGGCAGUUUGGUUCAGCCUGCUGGUGUUUCCCAAAACUCAAUCACUUUACCAGCAUCUCCAGUGACAGCCCAGCUGAUUGGCCGUACUCAAACAUCCACUGCUGCUGCAACCACUAUAUCCCAGCAGGCCAUGCUCCUUGGAAGCAGACCGGCCAACUGUAACCAAGCUCAGAUGUACCUUCGAACUCAGAUGCUGAUUCUAACUCCUGCAGCCACGGUGGCUGCAGUUCAGUCAGACCUUCCUGCUGUGACGUCCUGCUCCUCUUUACCUACCUCCACUCAGAAUCUAGCUCUGCGUGCCCAUUUGCCUGGAGCUCUGACUACAGCCCACAGUGUCAUCUUAAAGCCAUCCACUCAGUCCCAAACGCUGUCUCCAGCUGCCUCUAUGUCCAAGACGGCAAUCUGUGCACUGAAGGCCAACCAGCUGGCUGAUGCUUCAACAGAAACAGGACCGCCUGAUGUCCCCCAUCUGGCUUCAGGAGCCCAGAUUAUAACCCCAGCUUACCCUCCAGUACACACCCACACUGUAGUCAAGCAGCAGCUGUCCUGUCCCACAGGCCAGCGGGUGGCGCACCACCAGCUCAUCCUCCAGCAGGCCACAGGUGGAGCUCCCAGCCACAGACAGCUCCAGCCCAUCGCCCUCAGAGUAGCACCCCAAGAAACCACCUCCAACCCUCUUCCUCUUUCUGUUAAAAGACUGACCACUCCCAGCUCCCAGGCACAAUCACGAAAUGACCCCCCAGCCCUUUCUCCCUCUUCUCCAUCUGUCACUAGCCAGUUUGCAUCAACAGCUCAGACCUCAAUCCCAGCUGCCACCGUUCAGCCUCAGCCUCCUCCUCUGGUGGCUGCUCCGCAGCGUCGGACUUCGUUCCCACAAGUGCAGAACCAGCCUCCACCCCCUCCUCCACCUCUGGUUCUCCCCAGGCUGCCCCAGAACCCAACAGCCGCCCUCCACAGAUUGUCCCUGCACUCGGUCCAGGCUUUGGCCGUCCAGUCCGGACAGGUGCUGCUCACAGAGCAGGAGCUGCCUGUGGCCGAGGCUCUGGUCCAGAUGCCCUACCAGAACUUGCCGCCUCCUCAGACGGUGGCUGUUGAUCUGAAAGUGCAUCCAGUCAGACACACUGAAACUCCGACGGUGGGGCAAACAUGCAAAGUGAAUGGACUAGGCUCAGAGGAGAGGAAAGAUUCUCCAAGUCCACGUAGAGACAGGACACCUACACCUCAAACUGUGCCUCCUAAGAAGAAUGGUGCAGUGAUGUGUUCGUCCUCCGUCACCACCAGUCACUCAGUGAUCAGGUCACCACAGGUGGAGGAGCCCUCCCAGCUCACCACCACAACCAGCAGCAGCAGCAGCAACCCCCCUCCUCCAUCUCCUCCUCUACCUCUACCCGUCCUCCCUGCUGCUGUAAGAGGCCCCAGCCAGCCCCCCUCUGCCCCAGCCAGCCUCCCAGGAAGCCCUGACAGGACACUGACGUCCCACGUUCUCACACACCUCGUAGAGGGCUUCGUCAUCCGGGAGGGCCUGGAGCCAUUCCCAGUGGGUCCGUCCUCGCUGUUAGCGGACCAGCAGGCUUCGCUUCCUGAAUCCCAGGAGAUACAGACCAAUGGGGAUGCAGCAGAGGACAGUCCUCUGGAUGCUGACCAGUCAGAUUCAACAGAUUCUGAGAUGGAAAAUGAUGGCCGUGCAGCAGAUGAGCUCCAGGAGAGUGUGGCAGGUGUGCUGCAGUGUGAAUACUGUGGAAGCAGAGGUUACGCUCACACGUUCCUGCGCUCCAAACGCUUCUGCUCCAUGACGUGUGUCCGAAGGUUCAGCGUGAGCUGCACCAAGCGGAUCACGGUGCUGCGAGCAGGCCGCUGGGGUCACAGGCCGAUGGGCAGGAGAGGACGACCUCCCAGCAGAGUCAAUGGAGCCUCCAGAGAACAUUUUCUGAGACAGGCUCACGGGCCGUUUGACUCAGAGGAGACCCAGCAGAGUUUACAGAGGAAGGAAGAGGAGCAGCAGCAGCAACAGGAGGAGGAGGAGGAAGAGCAGCCUCCAGUUCCCAUGACUACCAGGCUCCGAAAGCAGGCUGAGAGACAGCGAGAAAGGGAGCGAGAGCAGAGGAUGACGGAAACAAUCACUGUUUCUGAUGGAGAGGAAGACGUCAGCUCUCCAUCUCAGUGGAACGUGGAGCAAGUGUUUUCAUAUAUCAACACCCUACCAGGUGGUUCGGACGUAGCUGAGGAGUUUCGCUCCCAGGAGAUAGAUGGACAGGCUCUGCUGCUUCUCACCGAGGACCACCUGGUCAGCACCAUGAACCUUAAACUGGGACCUGCACUCAAACUCUGCGCCCACAUUAACUCUCUGAAAGAUGCAUAA